AUGUUAGCUGCUUAUCAUAUGCGUCAAUUAGGAGGUGAUCUCUUUCGUUCGACUGUGCGUUUUGUGAUUGCCAUGUUUCUCUUUUGCAGUACAUUACAUGCAUUUGCAACGGGUGUACUCUACGCUUACUUAGCUCAUGCUAUUAAUGGAGUCGUCGUUCAUAUUCACGAUACAAAGUCCAAGUCUCAUUUGACUCAAUCUGAAAUUAUCUUAGGACAAUUGCUUCAUAUUGACAAUGAGAGUGACGGUGGAGAAGCUGCAUACAUUACUAAACUGACGCAGAAUGAUGUACCCUUGACUACGGCAUUGGAAGCGCUUUUACUGGUUGAGGAUUUGUUCUUUAUCUUGAGUGCCUAUUGGAUUUUUUUACUAUCAAGAGAACUGUUUAAACUUGCGAUGCGGACAUUGGAUCGAGGUGAACAGAGUGAAAAAGCAACAAUUUUGAAAUACGUGUCACGAGGAUGGCUCAUUGUUGGAUUAUUUGUUGGAACACGAGUAGUAAUUGUCAUUGUGCAACAUGGAUACAAUCGGACUUACAAGUAUUUCAGUUUCAUGGAGUUGGGAGGCCUGCUGUUCUCGAUAUUUUACACUACAGGAGCUCUGGUGGUCUUGCGAUUUUCGGGUCGGAAACAUGAACAUAUUCAUGGUGUAGUGAUGGCAUCACCGCUGUAUCGAAGAUUGAAGCUGUUGAUGAUUGUGUGUGCCAUUUUCACGCUGCCGUACUGCUUUUUGCAGGUAGGACUACUGUGUAUGCCACAGGAUCAGGUGGAUGCUAUCCCGGACUUUUUGGUUGGUAUUGUAACGAUGCUGUACUAUUUGUUUGGUGCAGCUCAAGCACUUGUAAUGGGCGGAAGUCAACAGUGCUGCAUCAGGAUGUUAUCACCGAUUAUCUCGACUCAAGUGAGGAACUCGCCAGAAUGGGCCAAUCUCCGUGCGAAUCGAAGACUAGAUUCGUACGCGAUAUACGAGACGACAGCCCCACCGGACAAACCAGUAUUUGUGAACACGGACAUUGAAGGUUCGAGUGCACUGUGGGCACAAAAGGCACCGGAGCCCAUCCUUGACACAGCACAAGACCUUCACGACGACUUGUUGCGCUCGUUAUUGCCAAAGUACAAUGGAUAUGAAAUUACGACAGCAGGAGAUGCGUUCCAGUUAGCUUUCCAUCGAAUUCCGGAUGCUGUCAACUAUUGCUUGGAGGUCCAGCUAGAGCUAUUACAGGUGAGGUGGCCAUCAAAGCUUGAAGGACUGGUGCCAUCCGUCAAAACUGAAGUUGCGCUUGGCCUCAAGCCUCAACUUUUAUUUCGUGGAAUUCGUGUACGUAUGGGUAUUCACGACACUAAUGUGUCCGAAGAAGGCAAUUUAAUCAUGCAAACGCACCGUGUAACAGGCAAAGCACUUUACAUUGGGGCCUCGGAGUAUAUCGGUCGUGAAAUUGGCGACGUAGGUUUUGGUGGACAGAUCAUUAUCUCCAGACGUGUGGCUGCGUGGCUACAGACGAAUGACAAUGCCUCGAGAAUAACGACACCGAUUCGACUAGACUACUAUGGCAUGCAACCAAUUCAUCAACUUGAUAUUGACAUUGAGCUGUAUGAAAUUACGCCCAAGGUCCUGAAAAUGCGACGUAAAAUUUUCCGGAGGCGGAUGGCGAGCAACAUUAGUGAUGAAAGUGCUUUUGGUACGGACACAGAUGACCCACCUCUGGAAGAUUGUUGUUUUGAUGUAGAAUACACGUGCCAACGGACACCGACAAGUCGAUUUCGAGAGAAGAUGCCGACUGUGAUUUGGCAGACAAUAGGUGAUAGAUAG